UGACCGGUUGGUGGUGGCACCGACACCACAGGAGAGUUCUGUUUUUACUGUGAUGACCGUUAGAAGUUUGAAGCCAUGGUUAAAAUGUCUUCGCUGAGACUAAGAAAUGCCCUGCUGCGUGAGUGCAUGGCAGAAUUCUUGGGAACUUUUGUUUUGCUGCUUUUCGGCUGCUCUGCUGCAGCUCAGGUGAAAACCAGCAGGGAGACCAAAGGCCAGUUUAUGUCCGUCAACAUCGCCUUCUCUGUGGGCGUCAUGUCGGCCAUGUACCUAACCAAAGGCAUCACAGGAGCUCAUCUCAACCCAGCCGUGACCCUGAGUUUCUGUGUGUUGCGCCAAACGCCCUGGAAACGGCUGGUGCCCUACAGCCUCUCACAGCUGCUGGGGGCCUAUGUGGCAUCAGGGGUGGUCUACACAGUGUAUUACGAUGCUAUCAUGUCGUUUAGUGGAGGAGUCUUGACUGUAUAUGGCCCAAACGAGACGGCGUCCAUAUUUGCUACAUACCCCUCAGAGUACAUCAGUUUGGGGAGAAGUUUCCUCGACCAGGUAGUGGGCACCGGCAUGCUGAUGUUGUGCAUCCUGUGUUUGGGAGAAACCAGGAACACUCCUGCUCCUCCGGGGCUGAUUCCUCCUAUAGUGGCAGUGAUUGUCCUGGGAAUUUCCAUGUCAAUGUCAGCUAACUGCGGAGGAGCAAUAAAUCCUGCACGUGACCUUGGCCCACGACUCUUCACGCUGACUGCGGGCUGGGGAACAGAGGUCUUUACGUGUUACAACUACUGGUUCUGGGUCCCCCUGGUGGCACCACCUAUUGGAGCCGUUUUAGGAACUCUCAUGUAUACGUUCUUCAUUUCUAUGCAUCUGCCUGAUCCACACGACCCUGACGACGUCUCCACCCUAACAACAAUAAGUGAAAACAUCAAGAAGGUGACGCCCACCACGGAAAAUGGAAAGGAUUUGAAGGCAACCUAUUUUUGAACGUUACUGUGAAGAUAACUUUCUACACACAAAUCACAAAACACUUUGGACAUUUGCAUGGGACAUUUGCAAUUAGUUAUUUGGUUGUUGAUGCAGUCUGGUGUGAAGAGAAGAAGAAGAAGAAACUAUAUUCAACACCUACAGCAAUACCUAAAACACAAGUCAAUUUUACGUUGUUAAAGAUAUUGACUGUGACAUUAUACGUUUUUAAAAAAACGAUCUUUAUUCUGUGUAAUUUAUUAUAAAAUGUAUUAUUCUAUUUUUACUUUUUAUAAAAUGUCAAAUGGAAUACGGCGCAUCCAUUAAAACACAAUA